AUGAAUUUGGAUGCUGUUUUACACUUGAUAGAUCCAAAAUUAAUAUCUGCAUUACAAAAGAUCAAAAAUGAUCUAAAAAAAAACUUAAUUGAAAGUGUUCCUCCAAUUUCUAAAAUAUCAGAAGGAUAUUUGAUGACUAAGGGUGAAGAUGUUUACCAAAUACUGGAUGCACAAUUAGAUUUUGAAAAUAUUGUUGAUAUUAUUGAAAAGUCAUCUAAUACAGAAACUCUUAAACAUCAUUUAGCAAAUCAAAUACGUCUGAAACGUUUAUUGCCAUCUGAAGAGUUACAAUUAGUUUCAAAUCUCUAUAGACAUUUAAAAUAUAUGUCACUUUUUUAUAAUUUAUGUCAUGAUGAAGAUAACUAUGGAUUAAUAGAUAAAAUAUAUUAUAUGAAAAAGGUUAUCAGAUAUGUAAAUAGUACGACAUUUAUAUCAGAUCAAACAAAAAUAGGAGUUGCUUCAAUUUUAAGAUUUUGGGUAAUGUUGAAGAAAUGUAUAGAUUAUGAACAGAAUGAUUCUGAUUCACUUUCUGAUUGUAGUCAGGUUAGUUCUGUGUUUAAUGUGAUGUGUAAUUGUCAAGAUGAAGAAUAUUUAUAUGAAGAAUGUGAUUUUGAUAGUAGUUUUGAUUAUCAAGUUAUGACCUCAACCAUUUCAACUAAUGGAUUAGAAUUAUUGUUUAGUAUUUUGAGACAUAAAGUUCCAAAUAUGAAUGAUUUAGAAUUAUUCCAACAAUUAAGGAAAGUUAUUGAAAUCAAACAUAUUCAUCACGUUUCAGAAUCUGCCAGGAUAUUUUCAUUACCAAAAUUUAAAAUAUCUGAUCAUUAUGCCAGACUUAAUAUUGUGUAG